UUGUGCAGCUCGAUGAUCCUUUCCCCCUGCUCCUGUUCUACUAACAUACAAUCUGCAUUUCUUUCGGUUUGCCUCCUAUUUACCAAGGACUGCAGUCUCCCAGAACAAGGCAAGAUCACAUCACAGAUUGGACAUGCUCCAGAAGAUGUAGAAAUGGAGGAUUAACACAAGCUCAGUGGAAGAAUAAGUGGACUAUCUGACAGGUGACAACUUGCCCCUGAGAUGGAAGUGCCAAGCAUCAAAGACUUCCAAUGGAAAACUCUAGCUCCUUUGCCCAGCCCAAGGGUUUAUUGCUCCCUGGUGGAGGCUGGUGGGCAAGUCUUUGCUAUUGGGGGUUGUGAUGACAAUGGAACACCCAUGGACUGUUUCGAGGUCUACUCUCCUGAAGCUAACCAGUGGAAUUCUCUUCCCCCAAUGCCCACUGCCAGGGCUGGAGUUGCUGUAGCUACCUUGGGCAAGAGGAUAAUGGUGAUUGGAGGAGUUGGAGCUAACCAGAUGCCCUUGAAGAUUGUGGAGAUGUACAACAUAGAUGAGGGCAAGUGGAAGAAGAGGAACUCCUUGAGGGAAUCCUCUAUGGGAAUCUCCGUGUCUGUAAAAGAUUACAGGAUCUAUGCAGCAGGUGGAAUGGGAGUGGAUCUGCGCCCUCACAAUUACAUGCAGCAUUAUGACAUGCUGAAGGACAUUUGGGUGUCGCUAGCAAACAUGCCCACACCCAGGUAUGCUGCCACCUCCUUCUUGCGGGGCACAAAGAUUUAUGUACUAGGUGGAAGGCAAUCCAAAUAUGCUGUGAAUGCCUUUGAAGUCUUUGACAUCGAGACUAGAUCAUGGACCAAAUUCCCCAGCAUCCCCAGCAAAAGGGCUUUCUCGAGCUUUGUGUGCACAGAUGACAACAUCUUCAGCAUCGGGGGACUGCGACAAGGCCGAUUAUACCGUCAGCCCAAAUUUAUGAAGAAUGUAGAUGUGUUUGAUAUUGAGCAAGGGGGUUGGGUGAAGAUUGAGCGGUCUUCCUUCCUGAAGAAGCGGCGAGCAGAUUUCGUAGCUGGCUACUUGAAAGGAAGAAUUGUCAUAGCAGGAGGACUAGGAAAUCAGCCAGAUGUACUGGAGUCAGCUGAGGCCUUUCAUCCUGGGAAGAACAAAUGGGAGAGCCUACCACCUAUGCCAACCCCGCGGUGUGCCUGCUCCAGCAUUGUGGUGAAAAACUGCCUUCUGGCUGUAGGUGGAGUGAAUCAGGGCCUCAGUGAUGCUGUGGAAGCACUGUAUGUGUCUGACUCCUAGCUGGUUCUUCUCAGCUCCCUCCCCACAAAGAGGGACCUACAUUAAGCACUCAAGAAAGUGGUCGCUCUGCAGCUCAGUGUGUGGAGCCAGUACACACCGCUCAACAUAGGAGGAGUUGGCACUGUUCUCUUAGCCUGCCUCCCCCUUGGCUACUUUUCUGUAACCCCUUCACUGUGUAUUUGGGAAGGACGAUGAGUAGCUCCUUGCUCCCAUACAGCUGCACAAUUUUGUAGCUCUGUUUAAUUAGCACAGCUCUUUUAUGUGAUGAAGUCACCUAUGCUGUUGAGCUCUACUUCCUAAGGAACCAAUAGCCACCUCCCACUGUCAACCUUGAAUGGCUAAGGAACAUGCUACCAGUAAACUUCCAUAGCAUAAGAUGGGAUGCUUCAGCCAAGGAUUAGCCAAGAGCAUCCUCUAUCCACUGAAAAACGUGUUUGCCUUCCUCUGAAAUACGCUCUAUGCAGUAGUUGAUUGGGUUCUUUCAAGUAUUAUUCGUGGGUUAACUAUUUGGGAGCAAACAGAGAACUGAAUCCCAUGGAGUUACAGCUUGCAUAGCCCAGUACUCUUUGAAAAGCCCCAGUGGUGUUGGUGGAUUUUAAUGGGGUUUUUUCGGUAAGAACCAGCUGCAAUGCACUGCUCCAAAGAUCCCCUGCUGUGACCUAAGUCCUCAAGGCAUGCAGAGUUUAAUGCAUCCUGAUUGAAUUUUCAGGGAGCAUCUUGUCUGUAAGAGAGCAACAAAUGCUAUGCUUUGAUUUGUAGUCCCUGCUAUUAGAGCACACAUUGCUUUUGUCAGAGGGCUGAAGGCUAAAAGGCAGCAACUCGGAGAUCUGUUUAUGCAGGGGAAUGCCUCCGCACCAGGGAUGAAGACUGCACUCCUUGCAGUGCAUAUUGUCUCUCACUUAUACUCACUCACUCACUCACUCACUCACUGUCUUUCUCUCUCUCUCUCUCUCUCUCUCUCACACACACUCACUCACUCACUCACUCACUCACUGAGAGUUCAUAUCCAGUGUUUAUUUGCACACAAAGGACCAUUUGUAAAACCUUGAUUCAGAUUAAUAUGCCUAGCAUUUAUGGAGCAAGAAUAUUGCAGGCUCAGCUCAUAAUAGCUUUUCAUAUGUCCCCCAGCAACAACAAAGCUUGGGUGCAGCCUUGCCUAUUGUUUCUAUUUGGUACAUUGUUGCAUAUAUAGUUUCAUAUAUUCUUCUUUAAUUUGGCUCUAAGGUUGAAAUUGUCACUGUGUCAUCCAAAUGAUGUAUAAUAGAACAUUUGCAGUACUAGUAGUAAGUAGCACAA